UACUGAUGACGUACCAGCUAAACACGCAAUUUGAAAUGUACCAGCUAAUCUAACUAGCCAGCUGUGAAUGAAUCUAGCGGAGCCAUUUUUUAAAAUUAAUUUAGCCAAUUAAUUAAUUUAACUUGCUUGUAAAUUGCUCGUAUUUGUAUUGUUAUCAAAUUUGUUGUUCAGUACACCAUGGAUGUUGGUUCACAUUUACAGAGUUUUGAGCAAAGCUUAAACAACUAUACCGGAGACGACCCACUCGAUCUAUGGGACAGGUUUAUAAAAUAUCUAGAGAAGAGACUACCUGCUGAAGACUCCAUAGCGAUGUCUCUUGUGCUAGAUCGUCUAGUACAAAUAUUUCUCCAAGAAGAGCGUUAUACCAAUGACAUCCGAUACGUAAACUGCUGCAUUAAAUGUGCAAGUUAUUACAAUGAGCCCAUCAGACUAUACAGCCACAUAUACAGUAAGGGCAUUGGCACCAGAGAUGCAGUCCUCUAUGUGGUGUGGGCUCAACAGUUUGAGCAGCAGGCUGACGCCGUGUACCAGAGAGCCAUUGAAAACCAAGCUAAGCCAACUGACACUGUCCUUCAGCAAUACAGAAUGUUCCAAACCAGGACUUCUGGAAGUGUGGCAGGGGCUUCAGCUGUACGGAAUCCUCUUCAGAAUUCCAACUUGGUAAAUCAGCUGCAUACCCACAGAGUGCCCAGCCCACAGUGCAAGGACCCUGAACGUCUGUUCCAACUCCCUACAGACAGAACUGUUCGCAUAAUCUCCCAGUCUGAAAAUGUGGUGGUAAAUAAACCCAAUCAAGGCCCGGUUGUGAGCCUGCAGACAGUGUCGAUGUACCGUACGGAAGACCUCGUCUGCGAUGGGUCUGAACUAUGCUUCGAGGAGGUCAGAGCCAGACAAUACUUUGUGAGAUGCAAGCAAGAGAAGAAACGGAGAGAGUUUGAGGAACGUCAGAGUUUGGUAAGAGAGCAGGAGGAGGAGGUAAUGAGGAUGAACCGGCUGUUGGAGGAGCUGGAGAGUAAUCUCUGUGUGAGCUCUACAGGCCAGGGAAGCACUGCCAGUGUUCUACCAAUGCAGCAGACACUCUGCACACCUGCAACAGACCUGAAUCCUGAGUUCCUCCAACAUUCCUUAAGGCAACCUCUACUCUCGAGCAACCUCGGCAUCAAACUCACUCUAGGCUUUAGACUGAACAGUGGACAGGACCCCAGACAAGGCAUGGUUAGGGAAUCUGAGACACACCUUCAGUGUGACAAUCUCAGGGCUCCCAUUACAGACACUCUGCGCUCACAGAGAUCCGUUUCCUCAUCUGGACAGUUGGAGGAGGUAAACACCUCCCAUAGACGCUCCCUCCACAUGCCAGAAGCAGCAAUGGGUCACUUGUGUGAAUGUACAAAAGCUCCAAAACCAUUUGCAGUCGCUUCCCAGGCAUAUUCUCUACAACCUUCUCUAGUUCAGCCCCAACCAGAACAAAACCCUAAGCCAUUUGGGUCGGCCCCACAGAAGCCAGCAGCCUACAGAUCUGACGUGCAGCUUGGUGGAGUUCCAAAUCAGGGUGGUCACUCUCACCUUAGCAGCAUUUUCCAGCAGCACAACGGCAGCAAUCAUCAUGAGGUGUCUGUCAGUGAAACUCCUGAGUCGGAGGUGAAAUUAGAUGUGUCACAGGGAGGGUCUGGAAACGUGUCCCAUAUCACUCCUAACACUUCUCUGGGACUGGUGCAAGCCACCCCGUCCAGGGUGCUCCCAUCCCCCACAGUCAACACACGAGAGGCACUUGAUGCUAUCAUGGACAUGUUCCAGGCUCCAACCCUCCUGCAGGAGGACCAGUUCCGCAGCAUGCCAAUGCAUCCACAUCAGGCAGAGAACAGCUUUGAUGCUGGCUACCAGAGAACGGGCGACGCUUCAUUCAGCAAGCCCCGCAAUGCAGUCCCUUUCGCCAUCUUUCAGGAUGAGAAUGACAUAAAGGAGAAAUGCAGUGUUGCUAUGGUGGACAAUGCAAAGCCACCAAGGGCCCUAGCAGAAAUCCCUGUAUCUAAACCAGAGAAACGAAAUGAAUCUCCUUUGGAAUUGAUACCAGAUGAGAGCACUAUGUGGGAAGCACGCUACAACUCCCUGGCCGCCUGCCCCAACAGCACCAGAGACUUUUCACUGUCGGCUCACCUGAUCUCCACGCCCUUCCAAAACAAAGCUCCUUACUCCUGGGACUUUGAUCAGGAUCAAGAAAAUGAUCAACCCAGAGGCUUUGGGGGUCUGGAAGAAGUCCCUUUCCUACGACAACCCACAAAACUCAGCCCUAUCAUAGAGCAGAGCCCACCUGAUGGGUUACCUGAGACUGGCACGGAGUGCUGUAUGAGAGCUCAGGGCUUUGUUGAGCAGGGCACCAUCGUGGGAGAAGGGCUGGCCCAGCGAAGCCUGGCUACCUGCUCCAUGACUGAAGUGCAGCAUCAUGCCCCGGCCGCACUGUCCUUCAGAGACCAGACUGCCCCCCUGACCCAUGCUGAGGUGGCAGUGGCCAAAAGCCCUCCUUCCAAGGCCUCAAAGCCAGACUGGGAUGUAUAUGUGAGCCCAGAGCAGUCCUCAAAGCCAGCUUUUCCUCUCCCACAGCGUGCACCUGUGGCAGAAGCAUUCAUUUCAAAGAGCCAGAUCUAUGCCUUCAAAUCCAACUUUGAUGUUCCAACUUGUCCAGAGAAAGCCCCAACGGCUGCCUUCGAUAUCCCCAUGAGUCCGGAGUGUGCACCCAAUUGGCUCGGAUGUGACCAUGAGUCCAUUCCAGUCGUCAUCAAAAAGUUCAGAAUGGAUAUUCCUAUGAGCCCAACUCCAGAGGUGAGGUUUGGCUUGGAUAUUCUUAUGAGCCCAAACCAAGGUUCAAAGGUGAACAUGGAUGUUCCCAUGAGUCCAGCAGCUCAAGGGGCAGCAGCUGUAGAGCUGGUCUCCGACCCCUGGGAUGAGGAGUUGAUUUCCUCCCUGCUCUCCAAGCUGUCCACACCACUCACCUCACAGCCUAACUUCACCACCUGGCAGUGCAAAGUCCCCAGCAUUGCACCCAAGAUGACCAUCAAGAUCGGUGAAGGCUCCUUACGGGUUGACUGUGUACUCGGACAGGGUGCCUUUGCCACAGUCUACCAGGCAACUGACACCUCGGAGAAGAUGAUUUUGAAGGUGCAGAAACCUGCCAAUCCGUGGGAGUUUUACAUCAACUCUCAGCUGAAUGUCCGGCUGCAGCCCAGCAUGCGCCACCUCUUUAAUAACAUCCACUCUGCCCACCUCUUCCAGAACGAUAGUGUGCUAUUGGGCAAGCUCUACAACUGUGGCACCCUAUUGAAUGCUGUAAACCUGUACAAGAACCUUAGUGACAAGGUGAUUCCCCAGCCUCUGGUGAUCUACUUUACUGUCUGCAUCCUGCACAUGGUGGAACAGCUGCACAAUAUCCACAUUGUUCACGCUGACAUCAAACCAGACAACUUCCUGCUGGGAGAGAGGUUCCUGGAGAAAAAGUAUUUUGACCAAGAAUAUCUGGAUCAUGGCCUCUCCCUAAUUGACCUGGGUCAGAGCAUUGACAUGACUCUGUUCCCAGAGGGCACAGCUUUCAACGCCAAGUGUAUGACCUCUGGCUUCCAGUGUACAGAGAUGCAGAGUGGGAGACCAUGGAACUACCAGACGGACUACUUUGGUAUAGCUGGAACGGUGUACUGCAUGAUUUUUGGAACAUACAUGCAAGUGACACAGGAGGGUGGCGUGUGGAAGACAAAUGCAGUAUUUAGAAGAAAUCCCCACAGUGAUCUGUGGACAGAGUUCUUCCACACUCUGCUGAAUGUACCUGACUGCAGCUCCCUGCCCUGCCUGCGGAGCCUGCGCAGUAGACUGAGCACUGUGCUCCAACAGAACUACAGCAACAAGCUGCCGUCACUGAAGACCCGCCUGGUUAUCCAGCUGUUAGAGAGCAGGACGACACGGAGAUAGAACUCCCUGAGAACCUUUCUACUCCUGGGUCCUGUUCAGUAGGUAUACAAUUAAAGAAAGCGAUCUGAAACUGAGUGGAACUUGGGAGAUACUAUCUGGACUUUAUGAACAACCCUAAUGAACACGACCCUGGAUGGAUACUACUGCGAUGUUGAAUUUCUAGUCCAUUUGUAAAUACAAAAGAUUUACCUUAAAUUGGGUCCGGUCACUGUGAUAACCGUUUAUGCAUUUUAAUGUUUUUUAUUGAUAACCAUUUGUCCAUUUAAAUAACAGAAAUUGUGAGGUUGGUGAUGUUAUGGUGUAUUUAAAUUUGUAAAGAAUAAAUAAACAUUUUAACAUUU